ACCAAUCACCGCACGGGGUUUGGUAUUGCUACGGCCAAGUUCAAGGGUGUGUCGGCAUUGGCGCCCAGCAUUCCUGCUCCUAACGGAACCUAUACGUUGGUGCUAGCAGUCUGGAUUCCUUGGUCCGCGGCAAAUCGCGUGAAGCGACAGCAAUCACACCGGAGUCCCUUCAAACCGUUCUUCCCAUCAAACAACAAAUUUGUACGAGACCGUCCACCGCUGGGUAGUACAACGACCACUACCAACCGGCCGGUGCAGACCACCUUUCCGAACGAUGAAAUCAAUGAUCUGAAACCAUUUAGUAUACCGCUGCCGGCAAACCACCAUCCGCAGGAGGAUGAAUCCCAGCCGCCAACUAGGUCACGACGUUUCUAUGCCUGCAUGUCCAACUGCCUGACGCUUAGUCACUACAAUCCGGUUUGUGGGACCGAUCAGACCACAUACCACAACAUAGACAAGCUGGACUGUGCCAAUCGGUGCGGCGCUCGUCCUAAAGUACAAAUUCUAAAACCUGGCAUCUGCUGAGGAGAAAUUACAUAUUUGACCAAAGGUAAGCUUUGGAAGUCAGUCACAUGUUAUCGUUUUGUGCAACAAAUUAAGAAGAUUCAUUAAUAAUCCUCUUAUGUAUUAUUCUUGCUUAGUUCCGCGAUAGUAUUAAAACAUUACAGUAGUUAUUAAAGCGUGUAUAGAAAUAAAUUAAAAAUGUAAACAUUUU